AAGAGAAUUGGAGUGGAGAGGGACUGUAGAGCAUAUUUGCAAUGCAACACUUCCCUAGGCGCUCUCUUCCAUUUCAAUUUUCAUGCAAACCAUUUUUCAUUUCUCAAACUCACUGUUUUUCUUUAACAAUCGCAAACCAUUUUUCAUUUCUCAAAGUCACUGAUUUUUCAUUUCAACCAUUCAUCUUUGGCAAUUCAAGAUCCAUUGAAAUAAACUCUGCCUCUCAACUUCAUUCUACUUCUGAAUGUCGUCGAUCUUCCCAUUUCCCUUCAAAAUCCCUCGAUUUCUUAUCUGGGUUUCUCUUUUUUCUCUCUCAAUACGUUACUCAAAGUCAAUCAAUGGAGCUUCAACUUCAAGAUCAUCAAGAACAGAAGCAGCACCUUUGUAAGCUCUGCAACAAGAGCUUCUCAAAUGGCAAAGUCUUGGGCGGCCAUAUGAGGUCUCAUCGCACCAACCAAAAUCCACCCAAAAAGCGCAAAAAGAACUCAAUCUCCGGUUCCUAUAGCCUGAGAGAAAACCCCAAAAAGUCUUGGAAAUUCUCAGCUCCAAAUGGGGAAAGUGGCGAAAACCCUCCGCAAGAAAAUCACUGCAAAAUCUGCGGCAAAGGGUUCGAAUCCUCUAAGGCUCUGUUUGGGCAUAUGAGGCAUCAUUCUGGAAGAAGAAAGGAACCGAGCCGCCAAUGUAAAGAAUGUAAUAAGGAGUUCGAAAAUCUUAAAUCUCUCACUUCUCAUAUGAAGUCUCAUUGUCAAUCGUCCGUCGUUGGAACCGACCAAUCGGAGGGCGAAACUUUGGGGCUUUUGCGGCGGAAGAGAUCCAGAAGGACGAGGUUUAAGUUAGGUGGUUCAAACUACCCUUAUUGUUGUUCUUCUUCUUCCGAUUUGAUUGAAUAUUCAUCUUCUUCUCUUGUUGAUGGAAUAGAACAUGAUGUUGAAGAGUUAGCUCUCUCUUUGUUGAUGCUUUCCAAAGGGGUGGGUAAUUUUGGGGCUGAGUUUAGUUCUGAAUCUAAUGGGGGUAGUCAUUUUCGUUGUUUUGAAGCUAAAUCACCAUUGUAUAGAACAGCUCAUUUUGAAGAAGAAAAAGAUAGAGUUAAAAUGGAGUUCCAAGAAGUUGGGAGGUAUUAUGCUGGGGUUGAAUUGGGGAUGCCAAAGCUUAAUGAUGCUGAUGAAAAUGAAACGGGAUUUUGUGAAAUUGGGAGGAAAAAUGGGUUGAAAUCUUUAAAGAAAGGUGAUAUUGAAGAUUUUUGUGUGAAAGCAUGUGAAGACGAAGUAGUUGGAGAAAUGGAGGAGGGAAAACAUCAGUGUGAUGUGUGCUUAAAGGUGUUUGGAUCAGGGCAGGCAUUGGGGGGCCACAAGAGAACUCAUCUUUUGAAACCCAAUUUAAUGGAGCUUGAAGAAGAUGAUGAAAAUCAAAAUCAAGAUGAAGAAGAGGAUGAUGAUGAGUUCAGACAUGGUGGAAUGGUGAUGAUGAAAAUGAGCAACAGCAGCAGGUAGUGGCUUUGGUUUCUUCAAACUGACAUUUCUCUUCAUCACGUAAAUAUCAAUUGAAUAAUGAUUUUGCUCCCUCUGUUUUCAUGCUUUAUUUCCAUUUCAACCAUCCGUUGAUGCCUUGCCAAAUUUUUUUCGUCUUCUUACAGUUUUUUCUUUUUGGUUUGAAUAUGGUACAUAUAGUUUCAACAGUGAAGGAGCUGAGUGGAUUGAUGCAAUUCUUUUUGUAUAUUUUGGGAUUCUAAUAUGAGGGUUUUCUUACCAUUUUGAUC